CUGCAGGCAGCAAGCAAGCAGUCGGCUCCGGGCUGGCUGACAAUGGCGACGCCGCUCCCACUCGGGCUCCACUGUGCGCCUCGCAGUAGUUACCUGUCAGCCACCGAGGAGCCGUGUGGUGUCCGCGGAUAAGCGAUGGCGAUGGAGGACCAGCCUGACAGCACCGUGGCCGCCACUGCCGCCUCUGCCGCCGCCGAGAAGAGAGAGAGCGGGGCUUGCAUCGACAGGCAGCCGGACACGGUGCUCCACCACCCAUCCGGGCUCAUCCACGCCGGAGGUCGCGGUGGCCGUACUGCUGCAGCCGGGAUAAGAGUCUUAAAGCGCAACAUGAAACGUAAUGGAAGUCGGGGCUGCAUGACCAGAAAGACCAGGUUUGGAUCCAGGGAACGUGACUGGUUAAAGAGUGACACCCAGCGGGGCUGUGUGUGCCUGUACGGGGCAACGGUGGACCCCCAGCUCCCUGCCUCUGGGCCCCAGGCCUCCUCUACCCCUCAGCCAGACCUGCAGCUGGUUCUGUGUUCUACCAGUACCACAGUAGAGGAGAUGUGUGUCCAAAGGGAUGGACAGGACCUCUAUGUUCAACUGCAUGGAGACCUGCUCAGGAGGCUGGAGCCCACAGAGCGUCCUCUCCAGAUGGUGUAUGACUAUCUGGCCGCUAUGGGCUAUGCAGACCCAGUGCGUGUGCAGCAGGAGGCGGCCAAUUCAGACCUCAGCUGCUUGAUCCGUUUCUACAGUGAGCGACCCGUGAAUGCCGACCAGCAGGAGCGCACCCUGUUGAAGGGCGUGUUCAGCGUCAGGAAGGGCAAGACGCAGCUGCACAAGUGGGCUGAGCGGCAGGUCAUUCUCUGCGGAACUUGUCUCAUUGUGGCCUCGGUGAAAGACAGCCUGACAGGCAAGAUGCACAUCCUGCCUCUCGUAGGGGGAAAGGUGGAGGAGGUGAAGAGGAGACAACACUGUCUGAUGUUCAGCUCGGCAGGAUCGCAGGCUCAGACCUACUUUGUCAACUUUGACACACUGACCGACUACCAGCGAUGGCAUCGACAGGCAUCCAAAGUGGUAGCUCAGACCGUCAGUUUGGUGGACCUGUCCUGCUACAGUCUGGAGGAGCUGCCUGAGUAUCUGUUCUACAGCCAAGAUGUCACCCACCUCAACUUGCGACACAACUUCAUGAACCUGCUGGGGCCCGGAGGUCUGCUCCACCUCCCCAGGUUCUCACAGUUGAAGAGCUUGAACUUGUCUCACAACCGUUUGGGUGUCUUUCCUGAAUGUGUAUGCGAGAUCCUCAACCUCACUGAGCUCAACCUUUCCUGCAACAACCUCCACACUGUCCCCGUGCAGAUCGACAACCUCCAAAGCCUCCAGACUCUGUCUUUAGACGGAAACCACCUAAGCUCUCUGCCUGCUGAGCUAGGUGGACUCUCCCAGCUCAGCAGUCUGGGACUCUCCUUCAACGACUUCAAUCACAUCCCCGCUGUGCUGCAGAGACUGAGCGCUGUGGACAAGUUGUCCAUGGCUGGAAACCAAGUGGUGUGUCUGGAAGUGUGUGCUCUGCUCUCUAUGGGCCACCUAAAACACAUUGACCUCAGGUUAAAUGGACUGCGCUGUGUAAAAAGUGAGAGUCCAGAGCCAGUGAACCAGCUGACCCACUUGGACCUAAGGGAUAACUGUUUGGACUCUCUGGACCUCACGUCUGUCUGCAACCUGGAGACGCUGAACUGUCAGCGCAAUCAGCUGAGGGCGCUAACGGUCAGCGGUUUCACCCUACGCAUGCUUCACGCCAGCUACAACCGCCUUAGUACAGUCAGUGUUUACCCUGUCCCAAGCCAGCUGACACAUUUGGAUUUAUCACAAAACCUUCUGGAGUAUCUACCAGAUUGGGUGUGUGACUGCAGGAAAAUAGAGAUGCUGGAUGUCACGGACAACCUCCUCUCCGAGCUUCCUUCCAGAUUGCUCAACAGCUUGAGUUUGAGAAAACUCCUGGCGGGGAACAACCACUUGCAGAGAGUGCCUGACUUGCUAGACCACGUCCCCCUGGAAGUCCUGGACCUCCAACACAACAAGCUAUCAGAACUCCCGGAGAGUCUCUUUUUCAAGGCCUUAAACCUAAAACAUUUAAAUGCGUCAUCCAACGCCCUGGAAAGCAUUCCUCCGAGUGGCCAAUCAGACGAGAGUCUCAGCACCCUGCAGGAGUUCUACCUGACGAGGAACAAACUCACCGAAGACUGUGGUGCUCUAUUGGUGGGACACCACAACCUGAGGGUCCUUCAUAUUGCCUACAACCAGUUGCUCUCCUUCCCUGCCAGUAAGCUGAGUAAGUUGGAGCUGCUGGAAGAACUCAAUCUAAGUGGCAACCAGCUGAAGAGCAUCCCCUCCACGGUGUCCAGCUGUAAAAAAUUGCAUACCCUCAUAGCACACUCCAAUCACAUCACGGUCUUCCCUGAGAUCCUCAACCUUCCAGAAAUCAAGCUUGUGGAUCUGAGCUAUAAUCAGCUGACUGAGAUCCAAUUGCCCGACUCGCUGCCGCCGACGCUGCAGGAGCUCGACUUGACAGGCAACAGCAGCCUGAUGCUGGAACAUAAAACCCUUAAUCUGUUCAGUCACAUCACCACAUUGAAACUGGACCAAAAAUCCUCCACCGCGGCUGAUUCGCAAAACACCUCCACUCCUUGGAGCCACGGCUACUCUGAAAUGAGAGGCCAAAGGAACAAGUUGUGUGUGUCCGUGCUGGCCAUAGACCGCCUUGGAGACAGCGUGGAAGCAUGUUAUGGUAUCUUUGAUGGCGACCGCAAUGAGGAAGUGCCUCGUCUGCUUCAGUGCACCAUGGGUGACGUGUUGUCCGAAGAAGUGCAACAUUCCAGUAUUGACAGCGUCUAUAUGAGCAAUACCUUCCUAACCUCACACAGGAAACUAGGUAUGGCCGGGCAGAAACUGGGUGCGUCCGCAUUGCUGUGUUAUAUUCACCAUGAGUCGUCAGAGCCAGGAGGCUACCUCAGUGUGACUGUGGCCAACGUGGGGACCUGCCAGGCGGUGCUGUGUCGGGACGGCCGACCCGUACCCCUCUCCAAGGUUUACAGCUUGGAGAACUGCACUGAGGAGAUGGAGAGAGUUAAACUCCACAAGGCCAUCAUUACGGAGGAUAACAAAGUAAGUGGUGUGACGUGCUGUUCCCGCCUGCUGGGCUGCUCUUAUCUGUCCCCAUGGGUGAUUCCGAAGCCCUGGGUGCACACCGAGCCGCUCUCUUCCCACGACGACUUCCUGAUCUUGGGUAAUCGAACGCUGUUUGAGCGGGUCUCCUACCAGGAAGCUGCGUGCACCGUUCAAGCCGUGCAGGAUCCACGUGCUGCAGCCAAGAAGCUUUGCUCGCUGGCUCAGAGUUACGGCUGUAAGGAUAACAUCGGAGCUGUCGUCGUGGCGUUGAAGAUCGCAGAGGACAGCUGUACCUGUGAACCACCGGUCUACACCGAACUCCGGGGUCCUCCGCCUGUACCAUUGUCUGUGUCCAUGACACCAGCCCCUAGCGACACAGCCACCCUGUCAUCCACUAGUGGGGUGGUCUCGGAGUUCAACAGUGAAACGUCAGCAUCAGAGCUGGGUAGCGAGGCGGGUUCCACUGCUUCUGAUGAGCACCCAUCUUCAGGAGCUGCUCCCCGCCCAGAGAGACGAUGUAGCCUCCAUCCAAGCACCACUCUCUGUGGGAUCAUAGUCCCAGCCUCGGGUGGGCUAGUAAACCACAUGGGUGUGUUCCAGCGACAACCAUCCUCUGCCACAUUCUCUAGCAACCAUUCUGACAACGGCUUGGACAGUGACGACGAGACCCCCCUGGAGGGCGUCAUCUCCAAUGGCAGCAAGUUAGAAGUAGAAGUCGACAUUCACUGUUGUGCUUUCCAGCUGCGGUCAGCGUCCUCCGAGAGCAACAAGGACCUUGACCUUGAAAAGCGAGGUUAUGAUUAUCCUAAUGGGAAGAUGCGCAGACAGAACAGCGUGGUGGUCUCCACAACAAAUGGCUGCCUGUUGGCAGUUUGUGGAAGAGAGAUCGCCGACCUCAAAAAGUCACCUUCUACAUCGAGCUUAUUUGGGAAGAAGCUCUCCAAUGGUUCUGUGGUGGCCCCUGAAGACAGUCAUAAUCUCAUCGAGGUGGCCCUGGAAGCUCCUAAGAAGAAGUCUGGUUAUUUCACUGCACCGGCACAGCAGGACCCCGAGGACCAGCUGAUUGUGCCACCUUGUCUGGAGCAGGAAGUACGGGAGCAGCUAAAAGGCCAGAGCACUGCUGUCUCAGGUCCAUCUGCUACAUCCACACCAACUUCCUUGAAAGACUCAGGGUGCGAUCAACCCCAUUCUGCUUCCUUUGCCCCCAACAUGGUGCCAGGUCCUGGUGCAACUCCCAUCAUUAAGCAGGAGGUGUAUGACACUGCCCUCUAAAGGGGAAGACAGCACAAAUUGGCUGCAAUGCUGUUAUUGUGCCAUCCCAGGGAAGCAAAGGAUAUGCUUCUCCUCUGUUAUGCGACCAAGCCUCCACUUUGAGAUCUAACUUGGAAAUUCAGAAUUUGGUCGAGCAUUUACAGGAUAGUGUUGAGUGCGGGUCGUAUUCUUCUUGAUAAAGUGCCUCUUGCAGACAACUCAGCCCCCCCCCAACUUCCCAGGCUAAAUGGCUGUUUUAGAAUAGAGCUUCUUACUUGCAGUGCAUUUGAAUGAAGGACAGUGUGUCUUAGAGACCGAACCCUGGCACUGCAAGCUUCAUUUUCCUGUGUCUUAUAAAUGGACAUCAAACAAUACAACCGUCAUUCAUCACACAUAACCACAUUUCCACUCAGUUCAGUUUAUCAUAAUAUGGUUUGUUAACAGUAAAUGCUAAUCAUAGGCAUGGAGAGGGCUGCUAUGUGUCUGGCUACACUGUGUUGGUACCAUUCCAACCAUCCUGAUUGGUAUGCCACACUGUACAGUAUGGACGGUUAUAGUAUUCUACCAUGGGAAAUCAUGAUUGGAUUUGUAGUUCAUAAGGAAUUGGAAGAUGCCUGUCAGGAUACGUUGUGGUUGUUGAGUAUGCAUUUCUCAUUUUGAGGAUGGAAACACAAAAAAAUGUGCUUAUCAAAUUGUACUGAUGGGUGAAAAGCAAACACUGAAGGCCUCGCAGAAAAACAAUGGCAAGAUUUGAUUUUGCAUAGAAUCUUCUGUAUAGAAUGCACACUCCUAAGUAAUACUAGUAUUAAAAUCGUUCAUUCAUAUUCAGAGCAAUGCAUCUUGACUAUACAGCAGCUGUAAAAAAAUAGUAUGAAGUCAUUCAACCGUGCAAAGCUGACAUGAAGGUGAUUUUUUAUCACACUGCAAUCCGUGACGGUGUGUGAGCCUCUCUCCUUGUAGGGACAUACAGUUUUUCAUCAUGUUGUUGGUUGCUUGACCUAAAUUUCAGUCAAAUGAAUCUAUGGAGGCAUGAUAAUUAUAGAGUGUUUUAUGUUCUUCAAAGAUUGGCACAAUGACAAUACAGUGGUGUGAAAAAAAUGUUUGCAUGCUAAGUGUUUUUGUCACACUUAACUGUUUCAGAUCAUCAAAAGAAAUCAAUAUCAGUCAAGGACAUUACAACUGAUCUCAAAAUGCUAUUUUUAAAUGAAACUAUUUAUUAUUAAGGGAGAAAAAAAUCCAAACCUACCUGCCACCCUCAGCAGCAACAACUGCAAUCAAGCAUUUGUGAUAUCUUGCAAUGAGUCUCUUACAGUGUUUUGCAGAAUUGUUGUAAUUCAGUCACAUUGGACAUUUUUUCAGCUUGAACCGUCUUUUUAAGGUCAUGCCACAGCAUCUCAAUAGGAUUCAGGUCAGGGCUUUGACUAGGCCACUCCAAAGUCUUCAAUUUGUUGCUGCAGAACAGGAAGUUGGUGUCAGCUUCAGGUUACCAACAGAUGGCCAGACAUUCUCCAGCAUUUUUUUUUUUUUGGUAGACAGCAGAAUUCAUGGUUUGAUUUAUCACAGCAAGUCUUCCAGGCCUUGAAGCCGAAAUACAGCCCUAGAGCAUCACACUACCACCACCACAUUUUACCGCUGGUGUGAUGUUCUUUUAACCAGAUGUAAUGGGACACACACCUUCCAAAACGUUAAACUUUGUAUUUUCCCAAAGAUCUUGGGGAUCAUCAAGAUGUUUUCUGGCAAAAUUGAAAAGAACCUUAUUGUUCUUUUUGUACAGCAGUGGUUUUGGUCUUUCUUAUAGUGGAGUCAUUUCGCCAUUUGUGGAUAAUGGCUCUCACUGUGCUUUAGUACCGUAACCUUUUCCCGACUGAUAGAUCUCCGGUAAUCUCAGUUAAGUUAUGUUUUAACUUGCCACUGGCUAUGUCAGUUUGAAUACUUUUUCUCCCAUAAUAUAAAAAAUGCAUUAUGUGUUCAGUUGUGUUGUCAUUAACUAAUAUUUAAAUUUGUUUGAUGAUCUCAAACAAUUCAGUGUGACAAACAAAAAAAUAAAUCAGGAAGGGGGCCAAGACUUUUUCGCACCACUGUAUACCAGUGAUACAAUUCUCCCUUAAACACCGUAAAAAAAAUCUGGAACAUCUUUUGUGCCUUUUUUUUUUAGCUAACACCAGACUCUGUUUACACACUCGCUGUAUGAACUAAAAUUAUGUGUAUUUUGCUUUCAAACAUAACUGAAUUUCGCUUAGCAAGUUGGGGAUUUUUUUUCAUAUUCUUCUUAAGCUGCUGUGCCUCCCUCGAAAUUACCGGCACAUGAUUAUUUGAGGCUGCUCAGCGGACGAGUGGUUAGCAUGCAGGCCUCACAUCUAGGAGACCCGAGUUCAAUCCCACCCUCGGCCAUCUCUGUGUGGAGUUUGCAUGUUCUCCCCGUGCAUGCGUGGGUUUUCUCCGGGUACUCCGGUUUCCUCCCACAUUCCAAAAACAUGCUAGGUUAAUUGGCGACUCCAAAUUGUCCAUAGGUAUGAAUGUGAGUGUGAAUGGUUGUUUGUCUAUAUGUGCCCUGUGAUUGGCUGGCGACCAGUCCAGGGUGUACACUGCCUCUCGCCCAAAGACAGCUGGGAUAGGCUCCAGCAUUCCCGCGACCCUUGUGAGGAUAAGCGGUACAUAAUAAGUGAAUGAAUGAAUGAAAAUUUAAAUUAUCAGAUGGAUGUGACUCCUUGUUCCCGGUGCCAAAAUAGAUUGAUAUGGUUUUUAGAAGGCCAAAGUCAGGUAAUUGCACAUUCCAAUUCUAUGUCUUGUUUUGUAUUGUACUCCAUAGUUUGACUUUUCAGUCUUCCCCUUUUAGCUUUAAAGUGUCAAGUAUUUGUUCAAAGGAAAAGGAGCCAUUGUUUGAAUCCCACUCAAGUUGUGUUAUUGUCUCAGAAGCCUUAAUUGAUGUGUCUUGCUCUUGUUAAAGUUUUGUCUUCUUCUUGGAUUCAAUCGGAAAUAGUCAAGCACUUUGUACUAAGUGAAGUAUAUGAUAGAAUGUAGCCGUGUACAUUAUAUCGUGUACUUGAUUUAUGGUGGGGUCCGUACAGGAUGAAGGAAAUAUGUUUUUCUUUUUUUUUCCUAUAUACUUGUUGUCUUAUAUCAACUGCAUUUAUUAUCCGUAUAACAUAUUUAUUAAUUUUAAAACACUAUUUGUAUUUUUAUAUGGCCUAGUCAGAGAUUUACAAGCUGGGUGCUGAAAUGAGAC